CUUGUUGCAUGGCACAAAGAAUGUUGCGAAUCCCAUCAGUACGAGACUUCCGAGGCAGAACAGCGACAGCGGGCAGAAGAAUAAGCCUUGUGAACAUAUAAUAGACUGUGGCGAUAUCGUCUGGAGCCUCGCUUUUGGGUCUUCGGUGCCUGAGAAGCAGAGCCGCUGUGUCAACAUAGAAUGGCACCGCUUCAAAUUUGGGCAAGACCAGCUUCUGCUUGCAACAGGCCUGAACAAUGGGCGCAUCAAGAUAUGGGAUGUAUAUACAGGAAAACUCCUCCUUAACCUGAUGGACCACACUGAAGUUGUUAGAGAUUUAACCUUUGCCCCAGAUGGCAGCCUGAUUUUAGUGUCUGCGUCCAGAGACAAAACACUGAGAGUGUGGGACCUGAAAGAUGAUGGAAAUAUGAUGAAAGUGUUGAGAGGCCAUCAGAACUGGGUAUAUGGUUGUGCAUUCUCUCCAGACUCUUCUCUCCUCUGUUCUGUUGGAGCUAGUAAAGCAGUUUUUCUCUGGGAUAUGGAUAAAUACUCCAUGAUACGGAAACUUGAAGGACAUCACAAUGAUGUUGUAGCUUGUGAGUUUUCUCCUGAUGGAGCUUUACUGGCUACUGCAUCUUAUGAUACUCGAGUGUAUGUCUGGGAUCCACAUCUUGGAGUUAUUCUUAUGGAAUUUGGGCAUCUGUUUCCCCCUCCUACUCCAAUAUUUGCUGGAGGUGCAAAUGACCGAUGGGUCAGAUCAGUAUCUUUUAGUCACGAUGGACUACACAUUGCGAGCCUUGCUGAUGAUAAAAUGGUGAGAUUCUGGAGAAUUGAUGAAGAAUACCCUGUACAAGUUGCACCUCUGAACAAUGGGCUCUGCUGUACUUUUUCUACUGAUGGCAGUGUUCUAGCUGCAGGGACACAGGAUGGCAGCGUGUUCUUCUGGGCAACGCCAAGACAAGUUUCCAGUCUCCAACAUCUGUGUCGCAUGGCAAUUCGAAGAGUGAUGCCCACCAGCCAAGUCAAGAACUUGCCUAUCCCAUCGAAAGUGGUGGAGUUCCUUUGUUACCAGAUUUGAAUUAAACUAAUAAAAUCUAACUGGCAGGUGGCCCAGCUGCUGAAACUGGCUAAACACUUUACAGAAUCCUCAAACUUUACAGCCUUUAAGCUUAAAACUCUACAGGUUUUCAAGAGCUAUUUAAAGUGAUAACCUAAAUACUGUUUUGUCAAAAUGCCUGACAGGUAAAUUUUUAAUAUUUAUAGAAAACACGGUAGAAGUAUUCCUGGUGUUCUUGGUUUUCUAAAGUAUAACUGUGAAAACAUGUACAUACAUAGAUAUAAGCUGCUACAUGUUAUCAACGUACCUUUAAAACUUGCUUUUAUGAUUUUUUUUUUUAGUAUGUAACGUAUAUAUUGCUUUAGUAGAGCCAUCAGGUGCAUCUGUGCUGUAAAGUGGAAGGAUAGCUAUUAUUCUGGGACACUGAGUUAGAAAAAAUAUUGACUUAAGGAAGCUUAACGGCUCUGUAUGUACGUACAUUGGUUGGGGUUCAGGAAACUGAUCCACAGAUAGGAAUCCAUGCUAGUUUAUUCAUAAGGUGGUACAGCUUGGCUUUUUAGAGCAAUGUAUGGUGAGGGGAAGUAGGUUAAGGUGAAAGUCGGAGUAUAUCCAAUGUAAACCCAGGAAUGUUGCCUGUGUGUCAGCUAAAGAAGGCCUUAAGUUCCAUAGCAGCAAACCAGGUUAAAUUUCAGUAUUGGGCAGUGUUAAAGAAACGUUUCCUUACAUUUCUAAAAAUCCAGCUACUGUAUUAUUGCCUGAUACUUUGUCUGUAAUGAGAGAAAUUUACAGACUCAGUUUAUUAUUCUUUAACCCUGUAAUAUCUCUUCAGGGCUGAUUAUUGGUUUAUGGCCAAAGAUAUGCAAAAUACUUGGUUUUGCCUUCUGUUAUUUAUCUGUACCUGCAGAUAUAAAGAAUGUAUGCAUUGCAUAAAAUGCCUGAUUAUAUAUAUAUUUUUGUUGAAUUUUUGUAUUAAAAACUUGUAU